GAUUGGAGACAGCACUCUUCUGAGUGAAAGACCUCCAGCACGCUCUCCAGAGGAACGGCUAUCUGCCACGGACUGCAGGAAAGCUGCUUGGUAUUCACCAGCCCCAAGCAAGACAGAGGAGAAGCUCCACUGGCUGGGUGCUGAGUGCAGAAGAAAGAGACAGAACAAGACAUGUCCGCAACUCCCCUGCUCUCUUCAGCAAAGGGUCAAGCCCUCCAGCUGUUGGAAAUCAAAGGAAAGGUCUUUCAGCUGAAUGAAGAUGUCUUGAAGGAAACUUUGGAGAGGAAGGAAGUCCAAGACUUGCCUGUGUGUGUGAUCUCCAUUUUUGGAGAACAACGCAAAGGAAAAUCCUUCCUGCUCAACUACUUGUGGAGAAGAUUGGAACAUGAGGUGAAUCAGGAGAAUCAGGGGAAUCAGGAGGAGUCUCAUGAUCCAUGGACGGGGAAAAAUAAAGAAAUUCUGAAAGGUUUUGAGUGGCGCAUGGGGGUGGAGCCCACAACCAGAGGACUGUGGAUCUGUAGCAAGCCUUUCAUCCUGAAAGGAAAGUCUGCUAAAGAGGUGGCUGUAUUCCUGGUGGACACGGAGGGGACCAUGGAUGUUGCUGGAAACAAGGAGAAUAGUGUGAAGAUCUCUACCUUGAACAUGCUGUUUAGCUCCUACCUGAUCUUGAACGUGAAUGAGAUCCUGCAGGAACCUGAGCUGGAAUACCUGGAGAUGUCCCUGGACCUCAUUAACGAUGCAUUUCAGGACCAUGUGCAGAAUCUGCAUCUGGACAUCUUGGUGAGAGACUGGUUCAACUCCGAUGAGUGCAAUGAGAAGCAAGGGAAGGAAUAUCUGAAGGGUAUAGUUAAGCGAAUUCAAGGUAACAAGAAGUUCCCGACAGUUGUGAAGCUCUUGAAAUCAACCAAAGCUGAAGUCCACCUGUUGCCAAGUCCAGGUUCCAAGAUCACAAGGAGUACAUGUGGAACUCUGGAUGAAAUGGAUCCUGUAUUCAAGGAUUGUUUUUUGAAGUACAUCGGACUUCUCCAUUCGAAAGCUAAAGAAUAUACAAAAUCAAAGAUGAAGUGUAGAGAUUUGGCAAAACUCAUAAAGGAAAUUGCUGGUAUCAUAGAGAAUACAAGUUAUAACAUUUCUUCUCCUGCUGAGAUGAGGAAAGUAAUUUUAGAGCUGCAGAAAAAAAGAUUCGUCGAUGAUUUUUGUGAAUGGAUGAAGACAAAGAUAUCCCAAACGAACUAUGUGGGUUGCUAUUUCACAAGACCCAGCAAAAUGAAAAGUCAAUUUGAAGAGGAAUUUAAAAACAGGUGUAAGAAAGUGAAGAUAAAUGAAGAAACCCAAAACUAUAUGAAGAAAGAAAUGGACUCCUACUUAGAGGACUACAAAGCAAACUUUUAUAGGAAAAAUCUAUCUACUGGUCUGCCAGUUGUUGCCCUUGGAGCAAUGACAUUGCAUUUCCAUCUACAAGAUUAGCGAGUUCUGUAGUUACACUUACUACACUUACAGUGUCAGUGUUUUCUAAAGUACUUUUCUAAAGCAAAAAGUAAAGUAAAGCAUUUCCAUCUACAAGAUUAGUGAGUUCUGCAGUUACACUUACUACACUUACAGUGUCAGUGUUUUCUAAAGUACUUUUCUAAAGUAAAAAAGAAUGCAAGGCUGGAAAAUCCUCUACUAAUGAAGAUAAGGAAGCUGCCAAAAACGAGCAGGGGGUGGAAGGGGAGGAAGCAGCUUCAGGGGAACAAGGAGAGGAUGCAUUUGAAGAAAUGGAAGGGGAGGGAAUACAGGGACAUAGAAAUAAGGAUAAUGGUGACCUGAGCAAGGAUCAACCGGAUGGGGCCUCUUGGAGCAAGAGUGCGAGUCAGUUACUUCAAGUGGCUUUUGGGUUGAUCGUAGCGGGGCUAGUCAUAAGAAAGUAUUUCCCCUUCUGAUUUGAUUUUGGACUCAGGUUCAGUGACAUUUGGGCAGCAUAGAAAGCAGGUAGCAUUCUCAGGGGGCAGAGGGAGAAGAAGAGGAAGGGUCUAGAGUGGUACAAGUUACUCUUGACAUAUAUAA